ACACUAUUAAAAAUCAGAAUGUCCACCUACUUCUCCAAUGCUUGCUAUAAAUACCCCACCCUUUCUCCCAUUUCAUGUACCAAAAGUUAAUUUAGCUGUUUCCUUAAUUUGCUUUUCCUUUAGUGUUUGGUUUAUUAGGAAUGGCCAUCUCCAAGCUUCUGAUUGCUUCUCUUCUUGUUUCUCUUCUUCUUGUUCUCUCUUUUGCCGAGGCUGAUGAUCAUCCAAGUGGCGUGAACUCAAAUUUAGCAGCAAGUUCAUAUUCUCCCCCUAAAAAAAUUGAUUGUGGCAGCGCUUGCACGGCCAGGUGCCAGUUAUCAUCGAGGCCACGCCUAUGCAAGAGGGCAUGUGGGACUUGCUGUGCACGUUGCAGCUGUGUUCCUCCUGGUACUGCCGGUAACUAUGAUGCCUGUCCCUGCUACGCCAGCUUGACCACCCAUGGUGGCAGACGGAAGUGCCCCUGAAAUUAAACUUAAGAAAUCAAACUAUUAAUUAAAUUUCUCAUAUUUGUAUGUCUGAUGCAAACUACGGUGGGUGAGAGUGGUAAAAUAAAAGGAGAGAUACAUAUAUACAUGUAUAACUUGUUUAUUUGCUUCAUUUAAUUUGAAGAUGUAAGUACUGUUUUCACUUAUUAGUUCUGAUUUAUGUGCCUUUUCUAUCUGGAAUAAAGAUUGAACAUCACUACUACCUACCAA